AUGGAUGACUCAAAGCCCCCGCCAUCGUACACACCCACGACGCCGCACCCGAACCCGUACAACAACUUUGACCCAGCCACCUCGCCGUACACAGUCCCGCAACACGACAAGAGGACAGACGGGCUACCCAGUGGGACAUUGCAUGAGACCGCGGGGGACUCUGGCGCGCAUGACCGUCACUCGGACCGGUAUGGCUUCCCGGCCCACCCGCCGCAGCCGCCGGACAACAAGGCAAUUGGAUCGGACUUGCUCCUGUACGCUCUGGCAAUCUUCAUCCCGCCCGUUCCGGUGUUCCUCAAGGCCGGUUGCGGCUUCAGCCUCAUCGUCAACAUUAUUCUUUGGUCGUUGGGCUGGAUCCCUGGUGUCAUCCACUCGUUCUACGUCAUAACAACCCACUUGAGCUUCGAAUAG